GCCCACCUCGCUGCCCAGGCCCCCGACGCCGCGGCAGGAGCCCCCCCAAGAGCGCGGGAAGCCCCGCGGACCUGGCGCUCCCGGCUCGGGCGUGGACGGGGCGGGCGCCGGGGCGGGGCGCGCGUCCUCGCGGGUCUGAAUGGAAGGGUCGAGGUCGUCGGCGGCGGCGAGCAGAUCCUGAAGCCAGAACUCCACCCCGGCGCCCGCGCCAUGCGGCGGGAGAGGUGCGGCGCCCCCCACCCGCGUCGCCGCCAUGGAGGUGCUGCGGCGCUCCUCGGUCUUCGCCGCCGAGAUCAUGGACGCCUUUGACCGCUCGCCCACAGACAAGGAGCUGGUGGCCCAGGCCAAGGCGCUGGGCCGGGAGUACGUGCACGCGCGGCUACUGCGCGCCGGCCUCUCCUGGAGCGCGCCCGAGCGCGCCGCGCCGGUCCCGGGACGCCUGGCUGAGGUGUGCGCGGUGCUGCUGCGCCUGGGCGAUGAGCUGGAGAUGAUCCGGCCCAGCGUCUACCGCAACGUGGCACGUCAGCUGCACAUCUCCCUGCAGUCUGAGCCUGUGGUGACCGAUGCGUUCCUGGCCGUGGCUGGCCACAUCUUCUCUGCAGGCAUCACGUGGGGCAAGGUGGUGUCCCUGUAUGCGGUGGCCGCAGGGCUGGCCGUGGACUGUGUGAGGCAGGCCCAGCCUGCCAUGGUCCACGCCCUCGUGGACUGCCUGGGGGAGUUCGUGCGCAAGACCCUGGCAACCUGGCUGCGGAGACGCGGCGGAUGGACUGAUGUCCUCAAGUGUGUGGUCAGCACAGACCCUGGCCUCCGCUCCCACUGGCUGGUAGCUGCACUCUGCAGCUUCGGCCGCUUCCUGAAGGCUGCCUUCUUCGUGCUGCUGCCAGAGAGAUGAGCUGCCCACCUGGCAGUGGCCGCAGCCUGGCCCUCUGGGCCCAACGCAGGAGGCCCUCAGCACCCGAACACAUCUUCCUCCUCCCCACCCGAGCCUGGAGCACUCUAACCCUCGGAGACCCCCUAAGCCCCGUUCCUCCGCAGACCCAGGCCCUCCGGAAGGGGUGAGUGGGGAGGGGCUUUCCUGAGCCUGGAGCUGGGCUUUGGGGCAGCCUGCGACCCUCCCCGCUUGUGUCCCUUCUCCUGUGAUCUCUGUGUUUUCCCUUUUCUUUCUGGGGCCAGGAAGUCAGGGUCAACUCCCAGACCUCAGAUGCAGGGGCCCAGAACACCUGCUCUCACCUGAGCCCCAGGUGAAGGGGCCCGGGAACACCUGCUCUCACCUGAGCCCCAGGUGAAGGGGCCCGGAACACCUGCUCUCACCUGAGCCCCAGGUGAAGGGGCCCGGAACACCUGCUCUCACCUGAGCCCGAGGUGAAGGGGCCCGGAACACCUGCUCUCACCUGAGCCCCAGGUGAAGGGGCCUGGGAACACCUGCUGUCACCUGAGCCCCAGGUGAAGGGGCCCGGAACACCUGCUCUCACCUGAGCCCCAGGUGAAGGGGCCUGGGAACACCUGCUCUCACCUGAGCCCCAGGUGAAGGGGCCCGGAACACCUGCUCUCACCUGAGCCCCAGGUGAAGGGGCCCGGAACACCUGCUCUCACCUGAGCCCCAGGUGAAGGGGCCCGGAACACUUGCUCUCACCUGAGCCCCAGGUGAAGGGGCCCGGAAACACCGCUCACCUGAACCCGGGGGUCCCAUCCCAGGAAGAGGGGCCAUCUCAGGACAUGAGUCCUCAGGGGCCCUGCACAUUCAAUCUGAAGGUGACCCUGGCCUGGCUGAAGCUGGAAGAGCUGUGGGGACUCAGCCUGUAAACAGAGCGUAAGGUUCACAUGCUGGUUGCUUAAUCCGUUUCUGGAGGAAGAGUAUGACCCCCCACCUGUGAUGGGGUCCUUGUGCGGUGGGGACUGGGGCCGGCGGGCUCCAGGCCAGCACACCUAACCCAUGGAUGUGAAACCUAUGGCCGAGAAGGAAUGUUGCAUGAGUCGGAUCCCAGUCCAUUUUCACGUCAGUGGAGGGUGAGGGUGACCCCAUCUGCUAUUUUUGUGCUCAUCCUCAUACAACCAUUUGGGGAUGUGCCUAUUAGGGCUCUGUAAGAACUCAGAUGCCUGGGAAACCCAGCCCCUCAGGUGCCCCCACACACAGCCUUCCCUUGACGCCUACAUUUCUAGGCACAUGUGAGGCAUCUUUCCUGGAGCCCCGAGCCAGCCCUGUCCCUCCCCAGUGCAGCAUGGCACUCAGGAGAUACAGGCUGGACAUGGGGCAGUCAUUCUGGGGAGGCCUGGCCUAGCAGCCUGCCCUCCACACGCCACCCACCUGAGCCCUCCUGGCCAGGCUUCGUGCUGGGGUGGGCCAUGUGCCAGGACAGGAGGGUCCCGGCGGAAAGCCAGCCCCGGACUCUACGUGACAUUGAGAUCCCACUGGAGGGUAGGGGUAGUAAUAAACUUCUCCAAAUGAUCGUUGUCAUUUUAGACAGAA